CCCACGCUCUCGGUGCGGCCGCGCACGAUCGUGCAGGUUGUCCGUAGCCGCCUGGAGAAGAAAGGAAUUGCAGUCCACAAUGUCAGGUUGAAUGGCUCUGCAGCUAGCCAUGUUCUCCACCAGGACAGUGGCUUGGGGUACAAAGACCUAGAUCUCAUCUUUGGUGUGGAUCUGAAGACCGAAGAUGUCUUCCAGCUUGUCAAGGAUGUGGUCAUGGAUUGCCUCCUUGACUUUCUCCCAGAAGGUGUCAACAAAGACAAGAUCACCCCAAUGACUCUGAAAGAGGCCUAUGUGCAGAAGCUGGUGAAAGUGUGCAAUGAGACCGACCGCUGGAGCCUUAUAUCGCUGUCCAACAACAGUGGGAAGAACGUGGAGCUCAAAUUCGUGGACUCCCUCAGGCGGCAGUUCGAGUUCAGUGUGGAUUCCUUCCAGAUCAUCCUGGAUUCGCUCUUGCUGUUUGGGGAGUGCUCAGAGAACCCCAUGGCAGAGAACUUCCACCCCACGGUCACAGGGGAAAGCAUGUACGGGGACUUUGAGGAGGCCAUGGACCAUCUCCGGAACAGGGUCAUUGCCACGAGGAACCCUGAGGAGAUCAGAGGUGGGGGGCUUCUGAAAUACUGCAACCUCUUGGUGAGGGGGUUUAAGCCCAAAUCUGAAGUGGAUAUGAAGGCACUACAGAGAUACAUGUGCUCCAGGUUUUUCAUAGACUUCUCUGACAUUGGUGAACAGCAGAGGAAGCUAGAGUGCUACCUUCAGAGCCACUUUGUUGGGAUGGAGAGCAAAAGAUAUGACUAUUUGAUGACCCUUCACAGGGUGGUCAAUGAGAGCACGGUCUGCCUCAUGGGACAUGAGAGGAGGCAGACCCUGAACCUCAUUGCCAUGCUGGCUGUGAGAGUCCUGGCUGAGCAGAACAUCAUCCCCACGGUGACAAACGUUACCUGCUUCUACCAGCCAUCUCCUUAUGUCAGUGAAAUAAACUUCAACUACUAUGUCACCCACGUGCAGCCCUUCCUGCCUUGCAAUCAGUCCUACCCCACGUGGCUUCCCUGUAACUGAGCCAGGACAAACUUCAGGGUCUGUCCUCCAAGGUAUUUUCUUGCCUUGGGGAGUGGGGUGGGUAGGGAAACCUUCCCAGAACUGCAACAAAAGGAAACUUCUUGGACUCUUGCUCCAGCAUCUUGUUUCCAGGAUUUGGGGAACGAGGCCUGUCUGCUGUACAUGAUGAUUGGAUGUGCAGUGUUAUGGAAGCUAGAUGACUUGGACGUUUACAGGAAAACUUGAUCGCUUAUUGAAUUCUGUAGGCAAUGGGGGAGGGUGGGUGUGUGUGAGGGGAGAUUGUAGAAUUACAGUAAGGUAGAGCUGCACUGCCCUGAAUUGGAUCUUUUUUUUUUUUUUUUUUAGUGCAGGAGGUGUUAUGUGUGUGCAGACUUGUGGUUUCUGAAGAUAGAAGCCAGAGUGGCUAAUUCCUUUGUAGGACCA